AAACAAUGCUUUAAAAAAAAAAAAAAAUGAAAAAGUUACUGUUGCCAAACGUUUCUUCCAAGCUUGGUCUCUGGUCUAAACUGCAGGCGCCGUGUUCUUCAACUGACUUUUUCGAUUACGUUUAGAAAUUUUUCUUAUAUAUUUUUGCCUUUUUCCAAACUCAUCUCUCUUUUCUUCCCAUGUUUUCCUUUGAUGGGGGUUUGAGUAACUUACUAUUGCAAAAGUAACAAUUGGCAGACAGAGAUGAAGAAGAAGAAGAUCAUGUCAGGAGACCAAGCUCUUACAUGGCGUUUCACUUUGUUCAUAUUCUUAAUCCUGAUUACAGGUACUGUUGUCACUGGAAAUUCUUUAGACACAGACAAAGAAGUUCUGCUGAAGCUGAAAUCAUUCCUGGAAGACCAGAAUCGUGUAAAUCGAGGAAUAUACUCAGAAUGGAAUGUUGACAACUCGAUACCAUGUCAGUGGCCUGGAAUCUCUUGCUCUUCUGAUGGGCAAAACCAAAGAGUCAUUGGUGUCAACCUCUCUGACAACUAUAUUUCUGGGAAUAUGUUCAAUGGCUUCUCGGCCUUAACAGAACUUCGCGAACUUGAUCUCUCGACAAACACCAUAGGUGGAGAUAUACCAGAUGAUUUGAACCGAUGCAGUAGCCUUGUAUACCUCAACUUAUCACAUAACAUUCUAGAAGGAGAGCUGAAUUUGACAGGGUUGAAUAGUUUAGAGAAGCUGGAUUUGUCUACGAAUAGGAUUCGAGGGGAUAUUGAAGUUAAUUUUCCAGCAAUUUGCAAUAGACUGAUAGUUGCAAACCUUUCAACUAAUAAUUUCACGGGUAGGAUCGAUAACUGCUUUGAUGAAUGCUGGAAUCUGCAGUACCUGGACUUGAGCUCCAACAAUUUUGUUGGUACUAUAUGGAGUGGUUUUGCAAGGCUUGUGGAGUAUUCAGUUUCUGAAAACCAUGUUUCUGGGCCACUUUCGGGAUCUUUUUUUACAAAUAAUUGUAGUUUGCAGGUUUUGGACCUUUCAGAAAACAAUUUUCAAGGUGAACUUCCAGGGGAGAUUUCAAAUUGCACGAAUUUGGCUAUCUUGAAUAUAUGGGGAAACAAUUUUACAGGGCCAAUUCCAUCAGAGAUGGGGAUGAUUUCAACUCUUGAAGGUUUGUUCUUGGGGAACAACAGUUUUUCUAGAGUGAUUCCAGAAUCCCUGUUAAGCCUGAUGAAUUUGGCCUUUUUGGAUUUGAGCAAGAACAAUUUUGGUGGGGAGAUACAAGACAUUUUUGGCAGAUUCACACAGGUGAAGUUUCUAGUAUUACACGGAAAUUCAUAUACAGGGGGGAUUAAUUCUUCUGGUAUUCUCAAGCUACCAAAUCUUUCUCGUUUAGACCUGAGUUAUAACAAUUUCUCCGGCCCUUUACCUGUUGAAAUCUCUGAAAUGCAAAGUUUGAAUUUCUUGAUACUGGCCUACAAUCAAUUUACAGGUAGUAUACCACCUGAGUAUGGAAACUUGCCGCAGUUACAAGCCCUUGAUCUCUCCUUCAACAGACUCUCUGGAUCAAUCCCACCAGCCCUUGGAAAAUUGAGCUCUCUCUUAUGGUUGAUGCUUGCAAACAACUCUCUUAGCGGUGAAGUUCCACCUGAGAUUGGAAACUGCACUAGCUUAUUAUGGCUAAACCUCGCCAACAAUCAACUUUCUGGAAAGUUUCAUCCUGAAUUGGCAAAGAUUGGGAGAAAUGCUACUCCAACUUUUGAGUCCAAUCGGCUACACAGCAACCGGAUAAUUGCUGGUUCUGGUGAGUGCUUGGCAAUGAAGAGAUGGAUACCGGCAGACUACCCACCUUUCAGUUUCGUGUAUACAAUUCUCACGAGGAAGAGUUGCAGAAGCAUAUGGGAUCGGUUGCUUAAAGGAUAUGGCCUCUUCCCAAUGUGCAAUGCAGAUUCAAUGGUGAGGACAUUUGCAAUCUCAGGUUAUCUUCAACUAAGUGGGAAUCGGUUUUUGGGCCAGAUCCCUUCCGAUAUUGGUAUGAUGUGGAAUUUCAGUAUGCUUCACUUGGGUUUCAAUGACUUCAAUGGUGAACUGCCUGCACAGAUUGGACAGCUGCCACUUAUAGUCCUAAAUAUCUCUCAAAACAAAUUUUCAGGAGAAAUUCCAGCAGAGAUUGGGAAUAUGAAAUGCUUACAGAAUCUAGAUUUGUCAUACAAUAAUUUUUCGGGCAAAUUUCCAGCAAGCUUCAGCAACCUGACUGAUCUGAAUAAGUUCAACAUUUCAUACAAUCCGCUCAUUUCUGGUGCAAUUCCAUCAAUUGGGCAACUGGCAACUUUCGAGAAGGAUUCCUACCUGGGAGAUCCCCUACUGCAUGUUCCAUAUUUUAUGGACAAUAGAACAGGUCACCAGCCAAACCAUAAUGAGAGGCAAAAAAAAUCUGCCAGGUUGCCUGUGUUUUUGGUGUUAUUAGCUCUGACACUGGCCUUUUUGGUUUUCGGGGUUCUAUCACUUUUAGUUUGCAUAUUGGUGAAAAGUCCAGAAGAACCGCAGGGAUAUCUCUUACAGGAUACAAAGUAUCGACAUUAUCUGGCAUCUAGCUCUAGUGGGUCAUCUCCAUGGCUAUCAGAUACUGUCAAGGUCAUCCGUUUGGACAAAACAGCUUUCACACAUGCUGACAUUUUGAAGGCUACAGGUAAUUUUUCAGAGGAUAGGAUUCUUGGAAAGGGAGGAUAUGGAACAGUGUACCGAGGUGUAUUGCCUGAUGGGAGAGAAGUAGCAGUGAAAAAGCUACAAAGAGAAGGAAUUGAGGGUGAAAGGGAGUUCCGGGCUGAGAUGGAGGUUCUUAGUGGAAAUGGCUUUGGUUGGCCGCACCCUAACCUUGUUACACUUUAUGGUUGGUGCCUUGAUGGUUUAGAGAAAAUAUUGGUUUAUGAGUACAUGGGAGGUGGGAGCCUGGAAGAUCUUAUAUCAGAUAGGGUGCGGUUAACAUGGCAGAGAAGGAUUGACGUGGCAGUCGAUAUUGCAAGAGCAUUAGUAUUUCUACAUCAUGAAUGUUACCCUGCCAUUGUGCACAGGGAUGUUAAGGCUAGCAAUGUCCUGCUAGAUAAAGAUGGGAGGGCAAGAGUUACAGAUUUUGGUCUAGCUAGAGUUGUUGAUGUUGGAGAUAGCCAUGUAAGCACAAUGGUGGCAGGAACUAUUGGUUAUGUAGCACCAGAAUAUGGGCAGACUUGGCAAGCUACUACAAAAGGUGAUGUGUACAGUUAUGGGGUAUUAGCAAUGGAACUGGCAACCGGGAGGCGAGCUGUGGAUGGAGGAGAAGAAUGCCUGGUGGAAUGGGCCAGACGUAUCAUGGGAAAUGGGCGAAAUGGAUUAGGUAGAGCUAUAAUACCAGUUGUGCUUUUGGGAUCAGGGCUAGCUGAGGGGGCACAGGAGUUGUGUGAGCUGCUUCGGAUUGGGGUCAGAUGCACAGCAGAAGCUCCACAAGCCAGACCAAACAUGAAAGAAGUGCUAGCUAUGCUAAUUAGAAUAUAACAAACAGCGGGGCAGAUUUCAAAUAUUUUAUCUCAUGAAAGCUCGUUCAAGAACUCAAGUGUCAAUACGUCUAUGGUGUCAAAUAGUUCACAAAUAUACAAGUUUAAUACACAUAGAUUUUCAUGUCAUGAUUCUUCUUGUAAAGAGAUUUUCCCCAUUCAUUAUGUUGAAAGAAUUUCAUCAAUUUUGUCCCCCAAGCAAUUUCAUGGAAAACUUUACCAAUCAGCUUCUUUUGUUUAUUUGUUUUAUGGAUGAAUGAAUCAUGACAUGACUGUGAUCAAGCCCUCGCAGAUCCUUGUGCAAAAGCCUCAAUUCAGGUAUCAAAAGAAAAUGAAAAAACUGUGAAACCCAUUGCUAAACAACCAAACCUGGAUACGUCUAUCAUUCUAAGAUCCAGCCACGUUUGCAUUUCUGCAACGCGAUAUGGACCUGUGCCAUGAGGUAUUGAUCACAUUACUUUAUGGAGUUCAGCACAUAGCAUUUCCUGGAGGAGUUUAUGUGGAGUUUCUAGUCAUUGAGUCACUCUCCUUUCUUUUCAUUUUUAGGUGGUUAACCAUAAUCUUUCUACACAAGGCCUAGCAGUGUGAUUCAAAAACCAUGUUUGAGAUCAAUUUAAGAUCUCCAGGAAUCAUUACAGAGCAAAAUAUUCUAAUUGCUUUUCAGCUUCUGCAUUGUAUUGGGAAGUUUGAGCUGUAAGUCACCAAGCAUUACGAGAGUAGUGGUUUAAUUGAACCAGAAGUUUACAAAGUACAUGAAUAGGCAUAAUGAGGAAACUAAAUUGGACUAUAAAACAAAGGCCAUGUGAAGGGCUGCCAAUGUUCCAGCUAAUUGGGUGGCAGUCACAAAAAUAGAAACUGGUCCGCAGGGGACUGGCUGUUCUCUUUUCCACCUACGCUAAAAGGCUUUAAUUACUAAUGCAGUCUUUCAUACAAUUAGUGAGUUUCCAAUUCAAGCCUUCCCUCUUGAACCAAAAGGAAAAUGCCAUAAUAAUUGAUUAAAACUUAUCAAAAUUAUAACUGUCCUGAGGGUUCAUGGCUGCCUGGACAUGUUUGUCAAGUACAGUAUCAGAUACCCAACUUUUCAGACAAAUAUGAGCCAAGUGUGUGUUCUAC